GCGUCCUGUGUGUAGGAGCCAGAAGUGAUUAGUCACAGCUUGUAACUAGCGACACGCACUUCGACUCUUGCUCGCAAGAGCCAUCUGUCCUGUGUAGAUCGCUACACUUCCAUUUUCUGUGCAAGUUCUUUCGGUGAAACGUGAGAUACAAGAUGACUUGCAAACGCAGGAACGGUGGACGCGCCAAGCAUGGCCGCGGCCAUGUGAAUCCAGUUCGUUGCACCAACUGUGCCCGAUGUGUCCCGAAGGACAAAGCUAUUAAGAAAUUCGUUAUUCGCAACAUCGUCGAGGCCGCUGCUGUUAGAGACAUCACGGAAGCGAGCUUUUAUCAGUCGUAUCAGCUGCCCAAGUUAUAUGCCAAGCUUCACUACUGUGUGUCGUGUGCUAUCCACUCCAAAGUGGUGAGAAACAGGUCCAAGGCUGAUCGUCGUAUCAGAACACCUCCUGUACGCAACUUCCCAAGGGAUCUGCGCCAAGGCCAGCAGAACAGGAAGUAAUUUUAUUAUGUAAAGUUAAUUUUUCGAUAUAAAUAAAACUUGAUUAAAGUAAUA